ACCUAGUGACUAAAAUAAUAACCAAUCAGUAUUUUUUUUUCUAAAUUUUUUUUCGCCAAAAUUCUUAUUCUGUAAAUUUUUUUAAUUAUUAAUUUUAAAAUUAUCUAUUUUAUUUUUCAUUUAUUUAAAUUUCAUGGAAUAAUACUUGAAUUUAAUUUCAAAUUUAAGUGUUUUUUAUUUUUUUGUAUUUUAUAAAGUAUAAUUAUUAUAUUAUUUUGUUGAUAAACUUUUUUAUAAAAAUAAUAUUUAUCGCAAUUAUUUACGAAACAACGUAACACAUAAAAAUAAAGUAAUUAAUUCGUAAUCAACAUAUUAUUACUGGCCUUCAUAUUUAUAUAGAUAGAUAGGAAAAUUAUUAAAUUUUUUUUUAAAUAAUGUUAUUAUAAGAGUAGUAAUUUUAUUCCAGUGUUAUUUAUUAUUGGAGGUUAUGUUUAUAAGUUCAAAGGUGAAAAAAACGUAAUGUAAAAAAAUUAUUAAUCCAUCAAAGUUGCUCCGACAUUAAUAAACAAAUUAUUAAAUAUUAAUUGACAAAUUCAAGAUAACAACUUGCUAUAUUUUUGGUAAACAAAAAUGUCAAAAACUGGAAUAUUGAUACUAACAAAUCCAGCAAGAGUAGGAAAACUUUUGCCAGUUAUAAAAAAUCACGUUCUCAAGACUCUUUACAUUCAAUAUUAUCCAGAUAAAACAUCAUUAUCAUCAAAUUUAUCAGUGACAUCAUUAAAAUGGCAGAAACCACAUCAAUCAAAUUUCAUUUCAAGUAUAUAUGCAAUGGCAACAUCAAUGGCAACAACAAUUGACGUACGUGUUUUAAUAACAAACAUAAAAAAUUCAUUAAUAAAUACAAAAAAACCAAUUGAACUUGUUAUAUUUGAUAAAAAUUAUAGCAAAGAUGAAGCUAAUAGCUUUAUUAAAAAUUAUUUAAAUAAUUCAACUAAAAAUUGUCAAUAUAUUGCAAUUGUUGAUACUGAUGAUGAAGAGACAAAUAACAUACCUGAAAAAUCAACAAAUGAGCUUGAUAAAAAUGCUGAUAAAAUAUAUGAAAAUGUAGUACUAGGUGGUACAUUUGAUCGUCUUCAUAAUGGUCAUAAAAUAUUAUUAACUGAAGCAAUAAUAAGAUGUAAAAAUAAAUUAACAAUUGGUGUUACUGAUGAAUCAAUGAUACGUUCAAAAAUACUAUGGGAAUUAAUUGAACCAGUUGAAAACAGAAUAGAUAAUGUUAAAAAUUUUAUACAAGAUAUUGAUUCAACUUUGACAUAUGAAAUUGUUGCUAUAUCUGAUGUUUAUGGACCAACAAAAAUAGAUCCAAAUAUGAAUAUGAUUGUUGUUAGUGAAGAGACAGAAAAAGGUGCUAUUAAAAUAAAUGAAUUACGUAAAAAUAAUAAUUUAAAUGUUCUUGAUGUUUGUACUGUUAAAUUGGCUAAUGAUGAACAUCAUGAUGAUCAUGAAGAAGCUAAAAUAAGUUCAAGUAAUCAAAGAAUAAGAUUACUAGGAUCAAGACUAAAAGAACCUGAUCUUCAUGAUAAAUCAUUAAAACCAUAUAUUGUUGGUUUAACUGGUGGUAUUGCAAGUGGUAAAUCAUCAGUUGCAACUAAGUUACAAUCACUUGGUGCUGGUGUUGUACAUUGUGAUAAAUUAGCCCAUGAUCUUUAUGAACCAGGAAAAAAAUGUUUUAAUAUUAUAAUUGAUAUUUUUGGUAGUAAAAUAUUGACAAAAGAUGGUAAAAUUGAUAGAAAAAUUCUUGGAAAUAUUGUUUUCAAUGACAAGGAACAAUUGGAUAAGCUGAAUAAUAUUGUUUGGCCAGCAAUAUUAGAAUUAGCAAUUGAAGAAAUAAAAAAUUUACAUGAUAAAGGUUGUGAUAUUAUUGUUAUGGAAGCUGCUGUACUAAUUCAAGCUAAAUGGCAAUUUGCAUGUCAUGAAAUAUGGACAUGUAUUGUGCCACAUAAUGAAGCUGUUAAAAGAUUAAUUGAAAGAAAUUGUUUGACAAAUGAUGAAGCUGAAUCAAGAAUAAGUGUACAGCCAAGUAAUGUACAACAAGUCAAUGAAGCAACUGUUGUAUUUUCUACAAUUUGGAGUCAUGAUGUUACACUUGAACAAGUUACCAAAGCAUGGAAUGAUCUUAAUAAUUUUAUAAAUGAAAAAAAAAUUAAUUGUAAUUAAUUUAAGAUGGGAUAUUAGAAGCUAAUUGUUUUAUUUUUCAUUGGAUAUUGUUGAUGAUAAAAAAAAAUUUAUAAUUCAUUAUUUUUCAAUAGAUUUAUUGUCAAUUAUUAUAAAUAAAUUUUUAAAUUUAAAUUUA